CAUUGAAAGGUUUGUGCUUAGCAGUCGCUUUCAUUUGAACUUAAUAAUUUCUUUCAUGCUUCAAUUGUUCUAUCGAAUUUCAGAUGGGAUAUCAAUGCAAUAGAGCAGCUCCCAGACUAUAUGAAGUUAUGCUUUUUUGCGCUGCACAACUCCAUGAACCAAAUUGCCUCGGAUAUUUUUCAGGAACAAGGAAUAAACAUCCUUCCUUACUCAAAGAAAGCGGUAUCGUUACUUAAUUCUUGACUUGAAUGACUUUGUGUUUGAUUACUCUAACUAAUUCUUUCAAUCUUAAUUUCUCUUAGUGGUUGGAGUUAUGUAAAACUUACUUGAUAGAGGCGAAAUGGUACCAUCAAGGAUACACACCAUCGUUGCAAGAUUACAUUGAUAAUGCAAUCGUUUCAAUAUCAGCUCCUUUAGUAUUGUUGCAUGCUUAUAUUCUUUCUUCAAAUCACAUAACAAAUGAGGUCCUACAAUAUUUAGAGGAAGAAUUGCCUAGUAUAAUCCGUUGUUCAUCAAUGGUAUUGAGGCUUGCAGAUGAUUUGGGAACAUCACCGGAUGAAAUGAGAAGGGGUGAUGUUCCAAAAUCCAUUCAAUGUUACAUGCGUGAAACUGGAGUUCUAGAAGAAGAUGCUCGUGAAUACAUACAAGAUUUGAUUGACAAAACAUGGAAGAAGAUGAACAAAAAUGAAUUUGAGCCCUCUCUUCUCCCUCAAACUUUGAUUGAAGCUGCAAUAAACCUUGCAAGAAUGGCUCAAUUUAUGUACAAACAUGGAGAUGGCCAUAGCUCUCAAGAUGAUGUAAUGAGAAAUCGCAUAUUAUCAUUUCUCAUCAAACCUAUCCCAUUGCCAUGCCAUGAGGAAUCACGUAUUAUUGCCUAAGCUUGUGCAUUUUCAUUCUUAAAUUUUUAUUUAAAAUGUACUUUAAGGGCUUAAAUUGACAACUUUCUAUAGUAAAGGAGCUUAAAUCUU